AUGGCUGCCGUACGGCUACCUGAUGGAGGGCAGCCUGCCCCCCCUACAUUUCAACGCAAAUCAUUUUCUGAUUUGUUCACGAAAAACUCACAGCAGCCAACACUAUCCUUUGCGGCACAGGAGGCUACACACAAAGGAGAACCUGCAUUGAUUUUCCCACAGGCAGCGGUUGAAGCUUUGGCCAGUCCAUUUCGUUUUGCAUUGAUUGGGAAAUUCUCUAGAGGUAGACCGAAGUUGGAGGAGGUGAGGAAAUUCAUUGCAUCGCUGGAUUUACGUGAGAACCCGAUGAUUGGCCUAUUGGACGCAAGACAUGUGUUAAUUCAGUUGAACAAUGAAGCUGAUUUCCAUCGUGUAUGGUUCAGGAGGAUCUGGUAUGUGGCUUCAUUCCCCAUGAGAGUAUUCAAAUGGACCACAGACUUCCAUGUUGAUAGGGAAUCGUCGGUGGUUCCGCUGUGGCUUCAAUUACCAAAGCUCCCGCUGCAUUUUUUCAAUAAGCAGGUGAUUUUCCAGAUUGCUUCUAUGGUGGGUAACCCUUUGUUGGUUGAUGCGGCUACCCUUGCGGUGUCAAGACCAAGUGUGGCACGGGUGUGUGUUGAGAUGGAUUUGUUGCGGUCGACUCCGUCGCGGGUUUGGAUUGGCAAUGAAAAUCAUACUGGUUUUUGGCAAGAGCUGGUGGUUGAGAACCUUCCAAGGUACUGCUCACAUUGUUUCCGCCAAGGUCACGAUGUGGAGAUUUGCCAUGUUUUAAAGCCCGAAUUGAGAGGAACCUCUGGUCAACAUGCCAAGACUACUGGGCCUGAUGGGCCUUCCGAGGAUAAUACAAAAAACCCAGCAAGGUUGAUACAAGAUGCUGCAGCGAUUGAUGGGGCAAAGGGAGAAGUUAAUAGGGCUGUGGCUAGCAAAGAGUUAGUUGCUCAUGAUCAGUCACCAGGUGGUACAUCUCACGAGCCUGAGCAAGAGGACCAGGUGCAGCAGUCCUCUGAUACUAUAGCAGCACAGCAUGAGAGGAAAACGGAGGAGGAAUGUGGGGCGGUGGCUGUCGAAGGUAUCGAGGUGGUGAUGGGACAUGAGAAAGGAGAGGAAGGUACCCUCUCCCCUAGGGGCAAGGACCUUGUCCGACAGGAGAAGUCAUCACUACAGACCCGGCAUUUGGAGCCGGUGUCACGUGGUCUCCGAGCUGGUCUCCCGUCAGAUAGAACACUACGCUCUAUGUGUACGGAGCAGGAAAGAGAAAAUUUGUGGAAUGCACUUUUGGGGGAUAAACCCGACUUCAACCCUUGGUUUUUGAUGGGAGAUUUCAAUGUGGUCAUAAAUACCGAGGAGAAGAGGGGUGGAUUGCCAUUUAGACCGUCGGAGGGAUCAGAUUUUUUGAAUUUCAUGACGAUGGCCGGUGUCUGUGAUGCGGGAUUCUCUGGUUCAAGAUAUACCUGGUGUAAUAACCGUUCGGGAAGGGCGCGGAUAUGGAAACGUCUGGACCGCUUACUUCUAUGCGGGCGUGCUUUAGAGCUUCCAUACCAAAUCAUGGUGCAACAUUUAGGACGUGACCCGUCGGAUCAUGCUCCAUUACUUUUGUCGGUGGAUACGAAACUAGAUAACAAACCCAAGCCGUUCCGUUUCUUAAACAUCUGGACUACUCAUCCUGGUUUACUGGGGGUUAUCAAUGAUUGUUGGGCUCAACCAGUCAAUGGUUCUCCUUUGCAAGUAUUGGCCUUGAAGUUGAGGAAUGUUAAAAAUGCCCUCAAGCAAUGGUCUAGAACGACAUUUGGGGAUAUUUUUCAGGGAGCACGUGAUGCCGAACAUAUGGUAACAGAGGCUGAAACAGCAUACGACCUGGAUCCUACUGAGCAACGGCGGAGCGAGUUACAUCAUGCUCGGGCUCGGUUACGCCGAGCGCUUAUAGUUGAAGAGGGUUUUUGGAGACAAAAGGCGCGGGUAAGGUGGCUCUCGGACGGAGAUAGGAACACCAAAUAUUUUCAUUCCUUGGUCACGGAAAGGAGGCAUAGGGCAGUAAUUCAUCGGAUCAAAGAUACCGCUGGAGAGUGGAUCGAUGGGGAAUGCCAGAUUGGGGAAGCAGCAGUGGGUUUCUUUAAGGAGCUUUUCACAGCAAAGGGGGGCCUUCCUUGCCUUACUGGUCUGCAGAUCAUACCGAAAUUGAUAACGGACCAAGAAAACUCACGGUUAACGGACAUUCCAUCUCUUACAGAAGUUAAAGACAUAGUCUUUACUAUGGACGGAGAGAGCACAGCAGGGCCGGACGGGUUUACAGGGAAAUUCUUUACCUUUGCUUGGGAGGUAGUGGCUUUGGAUAUAUACCGUGCGGUUAUCAGCUUUUUCUGCGGCGCUGAACUACCUAGGAGUAUCACGACUACUUCAAUUGUGUUGUUACCCAAAGUGGAGAACCCCCAAGAUUUCAAGCAAUUUCGGCCAAUCAGUCUAUGUAACUUCACUAACAAAAUCAUUUCCAAACUAUUAUCGACAAGAUUGGCGAUAAUAUUACCCCGGAUUAUAUCUCCACAGCAAAGUGGGUUUGUCCAAGGGAGGCAGAUUACAGAUAAUUUCUUGUUAGCCCAGGAGUUAGUAGCGGAUAUUAAAAAAUCAAAUCGGGGUGGCAACGUGGUCAUCAAGUUAGAUAUGAUGAACGCUUAUGAUAGAGUCUCAUGGCCCUUUCUACUACAGGUGUUACGGUAUUUCGGGUUCAGUGAAACUUGGAUAGACAUGAUAUGGCGCUUAAUAUCGAAUGUUUGGUUCUCGGUGCUUGUAAAUGGCGGUUCACACGGCUUUUUUAAAUCUUCACGGGGUUUACGGCAAGGAGAUCCCAUUUCACCAGCCUUAUUCGUUAUUGGAGCUGAGUUGUUGUCUCAAGCCCUCAACAAGCUACCCACACAGAGAGGAUUUAUUCCGUUUAAAGUGCCUCCUCAUUGUCCUAUAAUUACGCAUUUGGCAUUCGCCGAUGACGUGAUUAUCUUUUCUAGUGGCGGCAGGUCAUCCCUACAUUUGAUUAAACGAGUUCUGGAAGAUUAUAGUGAGGCAUCAGGUCAGCGGCUCAACCCUCAGAAGAGUUGUUUCCUUACUCAUCCACGCUCACCAGCUCAGAGGACAGCGGUUGUUAACCAGGUAUUGGGAUAUAAUAGAAGAGUAUUUCCGAUACGAUACCUUGGUUGUCCCUUAUAUGCCGGAAGGAGUAAGACGAUUUACUAUACGGAUACAUAUAAUGCGGUGGCGAAUCGCAUUUUGUCUUGGAAGAACCAAAUUUUAUCGUCAGGGGGCAGGGUGGUAUUGAUUCAGAGCGUGUUAGCCUCUAUGCCAAUUCAUUUGCUGGCAGUCGCGUCCCCUCCAAAAGGGAUGUUGAUGGCCUUAGAGAAAUUGUUUGCCAAGUUCUUGUGGGGAUCCUUGAAUUUUGGGAACAAGUACCAUUGGUUCAGUUGGACAGAUCUGUGUCGGCCGAAGGAUGAAGGGGGUGUAGGCCUGCGGGGGUUGAAGCAGGUCUACGACUCAUUUUCCAUUAAACUCUGGUGGAAAUUCCGGCAACAGCAAUCAUUAUGGGCAAAGUUUAUGCUCCAAAAGUAUUGUGCAGAGCAGCACCCUUGUCUUGCUGAUAUUGGUCAUCGGGGAUCCCAGGCUUGGAGGAGGAUGGUCACAAUGCAGCAUUUUGGGGAGGAGAAUAUUACUUGGAUAGUUCGUGAGGAUCGACGGGUCUGGAAUGUGGGCAUGCUCCAUCAAUUCUUAGAUGGAGAACUGGUUAGGCAGGUUCUGGAGCUUGAUCCUCCUUCCGGUAGGGGCAAUGACAGAAUGGUGUGGGCAUUGACGAACUCGGGUGUUUUUUCCACUGCAUCGGCUUACUCAUUGAUCAGUCAUUCAAAUGACACCUCUUGGCUUUUUGCCCGUAUAUGGCAGCAAGGUCUUCCAGUCAAGAUCUCUUUUUUUAUGUUACGACUACUACAGGGGAGGCUCCCUCUUAUGGAUCGACUAAAGAGGUUUGGGGUCUAUGGCCCAUCUAAAUGCUUCUGUUGUCAGAACCCUCAUGAGGAGGAUUUGAAUCAUGUAUUUUGCUCAGGAGAAGGGGCACGAUCGGUCUGGCGUCACUUCGAGAGUACUGCUGGUGAAUUUAGUGGGGUGCAUAUGACACGUCACAUGGUGUGGUCUUGUUGGGUAAGGAGGGGAACUAAUGACCGUGUAAAAUUUUUACAAAAUAUACUUCCUUCGGUAGUAUGCUGGGUUUUGUGGAAAAGAAGGAAUGAAGGGGUGUUUGAAGAUCGGAAGAUGAGGAUAAGGGAUACGGUGACUCGGAUUGUUCAGCUUCUUCAUGAUUUUCUUCAAUCACGGUUCCCGGGGGUGCAGUGUUCUGCUCCUACAUGGGAAGGGUUACUUCUCGAGUUGGGUAAUCAUCAAAGGCGGAUGAUUAUUAAGCCAGUUUAUUGGGUAACUCCGUGUGGAGGUUAUAAGUUGAACUCAGAUGGAUGCUCUCGGGGAAACCCAGGAAGGAGUGGGGGGGGUGGACUUGUGCGAGACAGUCGAGGAAAUUUUGUAUUUGGAUACGCGGAGCCCUUCGGAGUGAUAACUAGCAUGCAAGCAGAACUUCGAGCGUUGUUAUGGGGAGUUAGACAUUGUGUGAUUCGAGGGUACUUGGAGUUACACUUAGAGGCUGAUUCUCUCACCCUGGUUCAGAUUGUUCAAGGGACCAGUGCGUGUCCUUGGCGUCUACAGAGAGAUAUGGAUGAGUUGAUGAUAUUCAAGCAGUCUUUCCAAUCCAUCACACACUGCUACAGAGAAGCAAACACACCGGCAGAUCAUCUGGCAAAUUUUGGUGCUGAUGCUUGCGCAGGUCAUGUGUUUAAUACAUUUUCAGAUUUACCACAAUUGGUCAGGGGGGCUAUUAGAUUAGAUCGAUUAGGACUUCCUACGUUUCGUACACGGUGUCUGGCAUGA